UUUCACUUCUUCUCCCCCUCUUUUCUACCCUCUCUUCCUCUUUCCUCUGCUCUCUCUCCAAACGUUCAAAGACACACAGACUGAAGGAGGGAGCAGCACAAGUCUGAGAGAAAGUCAGAGGAGCAAAACAAGAACUAAAGAGUUUGAAAAGAGGAGGUAAAAAGGCCAGAGACAAGCAGGACUAAACCAGGUGUAAACCAGGACCCAACCAGGACCAAACCAGGACUAAAGCAGGAAUAGACCUGGACCAUCUGCAGAGCUCUGGAGCAGAAGGUUCUGACCCGGAUCCAAGACCAGGACCGAGACCGAGACCAGGACCAAGACCAGGACGGAGACCAGGACCAGGACCAAGACCAGGGCCACACAUAUACCACUAGAGAACAUCUGUUCUAAAGUGUUCUAGUGUGUUCUCCUUGGACCUGUCCAAGAUGGCAUCUCCUCACAGCGGCUCCGUCUGCUCCUCGCCCUCCAGUUUCAGAUUACAGUCGGACUCGGUGCAGCGCUGGUUGGACGAUCUCCGUCAUAUGACUGAGGUGGAGUGUAUGUGUGUGCUUCAGGCCAAACCUCUGGGCGUCGACGAGGAGGAGCUCCUGGUGAGCUCUGGGGGGGCGUGGCCUGCACGUUCUAACCUGCAGACACUGUUACGGCGCGCCCUAGUGGUCAGUACAGAGCUGAGCAGAAUGUUUAGCCGAGUGGAGAAAGGGAGAUGGCAACGUACGCACAGCACCUCUAUAAGAGCCAACUGUCACCUACGAAGUCUACUGCAGCACUAUACUGCAGGGAGGAGUGUACCACAGGAACUACUGCAGUACGAGAAGAUCCUCCUGGAGAAGAGUCAAGAGCUGACCUCCAUCACAGAACGGUGUGUGCAGAGUGAGGAUCAGAAUUUCCUAAAGUCUAGUCGAGAGUCCAUCCACCGGAUCCUCACAGAACUCAGCCAGGAUUUCAGCACCAUGAUAGACCUGGCCCUGGCGAACGAAAUCCGGGUGCUGGUGGAGCAGGUGGAGAGCAGUUCUCAGCCUGAGACUGUAGAGGGUGCUAUCUCAUCUCUGCUCAGUCUAACUCAGGACGGCCCCCAACUCUGCAGCAUCAUCGCUCAGGAGGGAGCAGUGGUGGCCCUGUUCAAACUCUGCAGACAGGAUCAGUUUAAAGAGCUUUACGCGCCGGCUCUGCGGACCAUCGCCUCCAUCUGCUGCGUGGAGGAAGGAGUACUGCAACUGGACAAGGUGGAUGGGCUCUUGUGUCUGGCCGACCUCCUCACCGAUGACCACGCCCCUGAGGCUGUGAAGGCGGAGUCAGCGGCAGUCGUGGCUCAGCUCACGUCUCCUCAUCACAGCUCCACGGCUCACCUCCUCAGCUUCAUUGAGAGUAUGAACGACAUCGUGACCGCCCUCAUCUCGCUCUGCUCGUCGGCAUCUUGUGGGGAGGUCUUCCUGUUGGCGGCGGCGGCAUUGGCGAACAUCACGUUCUUGGACUCUUUAGCCUGUGAGAUUCUGCUCCAGUCCAAUGCGGUCCAAAUCCUGGUCCAGGCCUCCAGAGACCGGACCCGAGUGGACACACCCUACUCCAAAGACCAGGUGGUGACGAUCUUGGCAAAUCUGUCUGUGCUGGAGCAGUGUUCUCAGGAGGUGCUGCAGGAACAAGGGGUGGAGCGUCUUUUGUCAUUUCUGGGCGAGAGGCCCUCCUCCUCCAGUCCAUCAGAGGGUGCUGCGUGUGAGAGGGUCCAGCAGAAAGCCGCCGUAACUCUGGCCCGUCUGAGCCGCGACCAUGACUUCGCCCAGAACGCCAUUAAACUAAACGCUGUUCCUCGUCUGAUCGAGCUGUGUCGCUCUCCCACUGAACGCAACAACUCUGACUCAGUCCUGGUCGCCUGCCUGGCUGCUCUGAGGCGUUUGGCAGCUGUCAGUCCAGAGAGUUUGGAGCUAAGUGAUCAUCAGCAGCUCAUCGCCCCCAGACUCGUCGAUUCGUUUCUGCUCUGCUCCAACAUGGAGGAGAGCUUUGUGUAAGGACUACAAAUAAAGACUACAAACAUGGAGGAGAGCUUUGUGUGAGGACUACAAAUAAAGACUACAAACAUGGAGGAGAGCUUUGUGUGAGGACUACAAAUAAAGACUACAAACAUGGAGGAGGGCUUUGUGUGAGGACUACAAAUAAAGACUACAAACAUGGAGGAGGGCUUUGUGUGAGGACUACAAAUAAAGACUACAAACAUGGAGGAGGGCUUUGUGUGAGGACUACAAAUAAAGACUACAAACAUGGAGGAGAGCUUUGUGUGAGGACUACAAAUAAAGACACAAAAGACUACAUCACCUCACGUCUGUGGCUCAUUGGUUUAAGUGACCACAGGGUACAAGUCACUAGAGUGCCCCAUGUGGACUGAGCAUGAAGCACUACAGAGAACAGCCAAUAGGACAGCAAGGACUACAAACACCUGUGUAAGGACUACAGCCCUCUGCUUUGGGUGGGACUUAAAGCUGCACUGUGUCACUUUUCUGGUGAAGGGUGUGGCACCUGCUUGUCUCCAAGGAGAUGCUGUUGCUUUGCCUGAAGUUUCCCACAGCAUGGCA